CCGGGACGUAACAAUAUAUCUGAUCUUUCCUCUGUGAAUAGUUAAGUACGUUGGCGUGGCUGCAUAACAUCUUAUGGCAUCUUACUCUGUUCAAUGGGUGUAUAGUACUUGCCCAUGAUAAAUAACAAUAAAUGAUUAAUAAUUAACGUAUAAACCUAGAAGGUGAUCAUUUAAUCAGUGUUAGGAUUAAAUUUCAUAAAUUUGAUAUUUUAAGAAGUAACUAAAGUUUUCCAUUGGAUGUACCAGUUUACGUUAAAACAAGAACUGGUAUUAUGACGGAAUAUAAGCUCGUAGUGGUAGGAGCUGGUGGCGUUGGAAAAUCCGCAUUAACUAUUCAACUUAUACAAAAUCACUUUGUAGAUGAGUAUGACCCUACCAUUGAAGACUCUUAUAGGAAACAAGUUGUUAUUGAUGGAGAAACGUGCCUUUUAGAUAUAUUAGACACAGCUGGCCAAGAAGAAUAUAGUGCAAUGAGAGAUCAAUAUAUGAGGACUGGUGAAGGGUUUUUAUUAGUAUUUGCUGUUAAUUCUGCAAAAAGCUUUGAGGAUAUAGGUACGUAUAGAGAACAAAUAAAAAGAGUAAAAGAUGCAGAAGAAGUACCAAUGGUAUUAGUUGGAAAUAAGUGCGAUCUUCAACAAUCUUGGGCAGUAAAUAUGACACAAGCAAGAGAAGUUGCACGCCAAUAUGGAGUACCAUUUGUUGAAACUUCUGCAAAAACUAGAAUGGGUGUAGAUGAUGCUUUUUAUACUCUGGUAAGAGAAAUACGAAAAGAUAAAGAACACAGAGGUAAAGAAAAAAGAAAACGUAUGAGAGUUGGUAAUUCUGGGCGCAGGAGGCAUCGAUGUUGUCUCCUUUAAACUAUUUGCUAAAAUUAAUUUUUUUCACUCAACAGAUCAACGAAAGAAUAAAAUGUAAAAUCCUAGAGUAUAUUCACUUUACAUAAAUUUUUGCAGCUUCCUUUAUAGAAUAUCAUAAUUAACCUU